AUGUCCAAAACCACCAACACAUCCUUCCAAGCCCAUGAUGAGCAAUUCAGCGCAAUCAUCGGCCCAGAUCCAUCGCUGGAACUAUUAGCAGAAAGCCAUGACUACACUUUCACCCAUGAGGCCAGUCAAAAAGUAUGCACCACCCAUGUUGAUCUGAGUCAGAACCCAGAAGUCACCUGCAAGGAAAUUCCCACCAAAAUCCCCAUGGCCAACAGAGGUAUUAACUAUGGCAAGCACCACAUGCUCUUUUGCACACAAGGGUCUAUGACUGAACUGAUCGGAUUAUACCGCAUGUCUAUGACAGCUCCAUAUGAAUUGGAACUUGUGAAACAGGACUUUUUUGGCCGGCCAUUUAAUUCUGUCAAUGACGUGGUAGUGUAUACGGAUGGCUCAGUCUGGUUCACGGAUCCUAUUUACGGCUAUGAGCAGGGAUAUCGGCCGACGCCGUGCUUACCCAAUCAGGUAUACUGGUGGUGUCCAAAUAAUGGAUGCAUUCGGGCUAUGGCAGAUGGAUUUGGCCGGCUAAAUGGUAUCUGUUUUUCGCCCGAUGAGAAGGUUGUAUAUAUCACGGAUACUGACCGGGUUCAUGGCGACGGGACGAUUGAUAAUCAGCGAGUAUCUUCAAUUUACGCCUUUGAUUUAUCUAUAUCUCAUGGAGAGCUGUGUCUCACAAAUUGUCGGGUCUUUGCUAUGGCAGACCAGGGGAUCCCAGAUGGAAUCAAGUGCGAUCUCAGUGAAAAUAUCUAUAGUGGCUGUGGGGAUAGGAUAAAUACCUGGUCCUCAGGGGGCACUCUCUUGGGUUGUAUUUUAAUUGGUGGUGAAGUCGCAAACUUCUGUUUUGGGAGAAAUGGGGAAAUUUUUGCCCUCAAUGAGCACCGACUGUGGAGAGUUCAACUAGGAACAAGAGUAAAGGGAGCAUUGCUUGGAAUAUAA